GCGCCGGGGUCGCCGCGGGCGGGCGCAGCAGCGGGGCUGGGCGCGGGCGGAGCAGACCCAGUGGCUGUCGCCUCACUUCCGGGAACGCCUGGACACUGCGGCCGCAGCCUGCUAGCAGCGCUGCCAGCCCGCCGGCCCGGGGCUGCGGAGCGGGUGAGCGCGCAGGCCAGGCCAAAGCUGCACUAUCGGCGCGGCGUGGGCCCGUCUGCGGCCAUGGGGGCGUCCGCGCGGCUCCUGCGCGCAAUCAUCAUGGGGGCCCCGGGCUCGGGCAAGGGCACUGUGUCGUCGCGCAUCACCCAACACUUCGAGCUGAAGCACCUCUCCAGCGGGGACCUGCUCCGAGACAACAUGCUGCGGGGCACAGAAAUUGGUGUGUUAGCCAAGGCUUUCAUUGACCAAGGGAAACUCAUCCCAGACGAUGUCAUGACUCGGCUGGCCCUUCAUGAGCUGAAAAAUCUCACCCAAUAUAGCUGGCUGUUGGAUGGUUUUCCAAGGACACUUCCACAGGCGGAAGCCCUAGAUAAAGCUUAUCAGAUAGACACAGUGAUUAACCUGAAUGUGCCCUUCGAGGUCAUUAAACAACGUCUCACUGCUCGCUGGAUUCAUCCAGCCAGUGGCCGAGUCUACAACAUUGAAUUCAACCCUCCCAAAACUGUGGGCAUUGACGAUGUGACUGGGGAGCCUCUCAUUCAGCGUGAGGAUGACCGACCAGAGACGGUUAUCAAGAGACUGAAGGCUUAUGAAGCCCAGACGAAGCCAGUCCUGGAAUAUUACCAGAAAAAAGGGGUGUUGGAAACAUUCUCCGGAACAGAAACCAACAAGAUUUGGCCCCACGUACAUGCUUUCCUGCAAACUAAAGUUCCAGAAACAAACCAGAAAGCCUCAGUUCCUCCGUGAGGAGAAAUGCGUGUAACUAGUAAGAUGAGCAAAACCUCCUUGUCCUUGCAUUUAGAAGCUUCUUUUCUUAAGACUCCAGCUUGUAUGAAUAUUCUUUUAAAAUUAUGUUACUUUUAUUUCUACUGAUUUUAUACUGGAUACUAAGGAUGUGCCAAAUGAGUCAGGUACUAGGAUUAAUUUUUUUGAAAUCACCUAGUAUGUUUUAUCUAGUUAUCUUCUAUGGAUGUGCACUUCAAAAAUACCAAAAUGUCUAAAGUUUUAUAACAUCUGUUAGAGCAAAAUUAAAAGAGCAAUUGGUAGUAAUGUAACCUUUUGUUCAGUAAGAAUAAACGGUUGACAAAAUUUCCAUAUUUUUCUGGAAAAGUUUAAAAAAUUACCUGUCAUUUGGGGAAAAUAUCUCUUCAAAGGUUUUUGCAUAGAUUGAUGCCAAAAAUGACAUUUCUAACAUGGUGGAACAUGGUUUUAUGAGAUACCAUAUCUAUAAAAUUCCAGAAAAAAAGCAACUGAAUUUACAGAUCUGUUGCAAGAUACAAAUAAGAAGUGUGUAAGGUAGGCAUGCUGUAUUUUGUUGUUAAACAUAUCUUCAGUUUACUCAGAAUUUCAAUUUGCUAUAAAAAUGUAUACAUUACCAUACAGGAAAAUAUUACUUUAAGAUGACUUGUUUUCUUUUCAAAAUAUGUAUGUAUUGAGGGAUAUGAUUUAUGGCAGAAAUUGACAUUACAAAUUCUUGGAUGAGCACCAAAGUUGAAUGAACUUUCAACAGAAAAUGUAAUUAAAGUCUUGUUUUUAGGUGUAACUCAGGUUAAGAAAUGCGUGUUUCAGGAUCUCCUUGCCAGUUUUUCUCUUUGAUCCAAACAUGUUCUGCCUUGAUAAAUCUAAGAUACAGUGAAAAAAAGGAAGGAAGGAGGGAAAGGAAGAAGAAAAGAAAAGACUGGCACUAUGUAAAAUGAGCAUACUUUGUCUUUAGGAAAUAGAAAGAGAUCAGGCAUGCCUGGGGAAUAUUCCCUUGGCAUAAAUAGCAAUCAUAAUUAGUAAACAGGUGUAGCAAUAAAAAGAAUGUAUAUGAUAGGGUAACAAAGACCAGGAGAGUAACUGAGUUUCCUGAAAGAGUUCUUUAUUCCCAAAGAAUUGGUAUCUGCUAGCUUUUACUGUCACCCUGUGUUAGGGAGAAAGAACUCUGCUGGCAAGUGUCAUGUGAGCAGCCAUUAUAAAUAUACAUCAUUUUCGAUUCCUUAGUGGGGCAAUAAGGAUGCCUGCUUAUGUACUGUGACCUGGAGGAGAAGUGGGGCAAUAUGGGAGAUGGAAGAAAAACCUAUGUCUUCCAUAAGAUAUUUACUCUUACUUGGUGCUAAAUCAAAUGAAACAAGCCCUGCACAUGCUGUUAUUAACUGCCUUUGAAAAUUUGGCCCAUUUUAUUCCAGGCACAUACAAAUGCCAGCAAAUAGUUCUUAUGUAUCCUGGGGGGAAAAAACUUAUUUUCCUUUUCCUUUGAUUUUUCAAAAAUUUACUGUUGAUCUUUCAAAAUGGACCAAGGCUUUUUAAAAGGAUUACAGUAAACAUUUCAUUCUUUAUAAAACUUUAUAUAAUGCCUUAUUUGAAUGUUAAUAUUAUGUAUUUUCUAAAAAUAUUGUGAACCACUAAACUUAUGAAUUAUCACUAGAUUAUCAGGCAUGCAUUAGUCUUUAUUAGAAUAAAAUGAAAUUUCUUAACUGAGGCUAUUACUUUCUCUUUGGUGCCUCACAGGGCCUACUCCAUCCCACCUUCCUUUCUGCUGUCCUGAUGUCUCACUGGCUUCUGAA